AUGAACAGUCUUGUAAUAUUCUAUCUUGUCUGUAUUCUAGAAUUGUGCCACUGUGGAGAUUCUCCAAGCUCAGAAGAGAUUCCAAAGAAUUCUUCCGAAUCUGAUUGUUCGGAUCCAGUUAUCGUCGAUUUAUCUUAUCCGGAUCCAUACCUCUUUCAAAUAUUUGAUCACAACUAUAACGACAAUGAAAUCAGACUGAUAGCUCCGCACAAGGAUGUCGUUUCAUCCACAGUAAUGGUUGGAGACCAACUCUUGUGGACCGCUAGAGAGGGAAAAAAGUUUGAAUAUUCAAAAAUCUACCUGGAUGCUGAGGGUAAAUUUGCACUCAUAUUUGUUGCUAAUGACGCCCCUGAGGACAUGGAAAAGAACUAUUUUGAACUCAAGGAGGGAAGAUGGGUGAGCUGUCCAAAUACAUACCUUGAGGUAAUAAAGCGUCUAAAGAUUCCGGUAGAGAAGAAGGGAGAAAUAACUAUAAGACUUGAGGAAAGAGAAGACACCGACAUACUGCGUGUGUUUGAUUCGUAUGUCUUGGGAGCUAAUGCAAUACGCCACUUCCCAAGACCUGGGUAUAUUUGUAAGAAUGUUACAUAUAGGGGCAAAUCACUAUGGAGUGCAGCGGAAGGAACAAAUGAAGUGUGCCUAUCCUCAGCUAUAUACCCAAAUGGAGAAAGUCCUCUCGUUCUUUUAGCUACUAGAGGGGAUGGCAAUAUGGAUUGUCUCUGCUUUGAAAGGGUAGGAGAUUACUGGAAUGAAAUUUCAGGAGGUGAAUUUGAUGAAAAAGUAGAUGCUAUAACUGGGGGAGAUAUCGAUGCAGCCGAUUAUAGAUGA